AUGUCAUCGGGUCCAUUUUAUCGAUCAUAUUCGUUUAAUGCGUUAUGGGCGCUUGUUUUCAAAUUUCCUUUAUUUGCUUAUUUUGUUGGAUUUAUUGAAGAUUUCGUUAUUUCCAUCAUCAAGACAGGUCCAAUUCCUAAACAUAUUGCUAUGAUUAUGGAUGGGAAUAGAACUUACGCAAAGAAACAUCGAUUACCAUUGAAAGAAGGUCAUUUUGCAGGUGCCAAUGCAUUAGUUAAAGUGCUUGAAGUUUGUUAUAAAGUUGGUAUUGAACAAGUUACUAUUUAUGCAUUUUCACUUGAAAAUUUCAAUAGGUCUAAAGAGGAAGUUGAUACUUUGUUUGCGUUAUUGCGUGAUAAACUCAAAGUUAUGUCAGAACAUGAAGAUCUGUAUGCUAGAUAUAAUAAAGUUCGAAUUAGAAUCAUUGGUAAUCGAUCAUUUAUUCCUGAAGAUAUUUUGAAAGACUUGGAAAAUGUGGAAGAAACCACGAAAGAUUUUGGGUCUAAGAAAACUUUGAAUGUUUGCUUCCCCUAUACUGCUCGUGAUGAAAUUACUUAUGCUGUUAAAUCUAUUGCUAGUAAAAGAGUCUCAGGAGAACUUAAUAAUCGUAAUAAAAUUACCACUAAAACCAUUGAGAAGAAUUUUUAUUUUGGAGAUGAUGUACCUCCUUUGGAUAUUCUAAUUCGUACUAGUGGUCAUACUCGAUUAAGUGAUUUUUUACUUUGGCAAUGUACUACUGAAUGUACUAUUGAAUUUCCGGAUGUGUUAUGGCCAGAUUUUGGGUUUAUUAGUAUCAUGUCAAUUUUGUUUAAAUGGAGUUAUUAUAGAACUAUUCAAAUUGAGGAAGAGGCAAUACGUGGGAAAGAACCUCGUGUCCAGGAAGUUAUUCCACCAGUAUUACUAAAAGAAUUACCGAACCCUCCACCUGCUACAUCAGUUAUUUAA